AUGCUGCCACCACGCUGGGGGGUGGCCGUCCUGGACGAGGGCCACAAGAUCCGCAACCCGGACGCUGACAUCACCCUGGCCGCCAAGCAGCUGCAGACCGUGCACCGCCUCGUGCUCAGCGGGUCGCCCAUCCAGAACAGGCUGCAGGAGAUGUGGUCCCUCUUUGACUUCAUCUUCCCGGGCAAGCUGGGCACCCUGCCCGUCUUCACGGCGCAGUUCGCGAUCCCCAUCACCGUCGGUGGCUACGUCAACGCGUCGACCCUGCAGGCGCGGCGGGGGAUGCUCGUCCAGGCCGCGUACCGCUGCGCCGUGGUGCUGCGCGACCUGAUCAGCCCCUACCUUCUGCGGCGCCUCAAGAAGGACGUCCUGGGGGACAGCCUGCCCCAGAAGACAGAGCAGGCGCGUCCUGUUCUGCGGGCUGACCGCGGAGCAGCGCGCGCUGUACCGCGCCUACCUGGCGUCUGGUGA